CCCUUAAAAAACCUAUCAGUGUCUCUGAUGGGCCUAAUUCCAUACAGAGUUGGAUUGAGUAUUGAUUGCUCGAUUGCUCAUUACGGGUGGCCGGGUUGCCGAAAGUCGAUCAAUAAACUAUUCAAAAAUGAUUCUUAUUACACUCAAGACAAGCGUAAUAUAUCUUUUGUUUUCUGUUAUCUAACAUUUAUAUUUUGGUAGCUACUAUUCAAUACUACACCAACGCCGCGCAAAAAUGAACUUAACCGUUAUACAAAUAAGACACUUCCAUUGUUGUGUUGUAUUUAAUCGCUAUCUCGUCAUCGACACUUGCAAUUAGGUUUAGUAUUUCGAUACAGUACCCUAACUUAUACUGCGCAGUUCGCACAUUCAACUCGCCGUGCAACAAGAGCGGUCUCAUUGUGUAUCGAUUUAAUAAACAGUUUUUUUUACCGUCGGGAAUAAAAUUGUCAUUUGUAUGUGGGAGAUAUGGAUUUUAGAAUAUGCCUCCUCAUCACAACCCUUAUCAUGUUCACGGAGCAAUGCACUGUGACCUUCAUCAACAACAAGUGUCGCUACAACAUGGUCUGCGUCAACACCCUUGACAACAACAACCAAGGCUGGAACAGAUUCCGUCACGACCCAUACAACAGACCCAUGAACAUGGACGAAGUUGACAUGGAAGCCUGCUCAAGACACAUAACGUACGGAGGAUAUGAACUAGACCCCGUCUAUCUCGUCUUUCGUCACAAAAUCAAAGAUCUCGACACAUCUAAACCAGUUCCGAUAACCUACGAUUAUGGCGGACAAGGUAUCGUCAACGUCAUUUAUUCCCUAGACUUGAGUGAUAACAACUAUGACUACACACCAGUUCUGAAGAGCAUGCAGAAUCUCGCGUUACUUGACUUGUCAAAGAACCAGCUGACUACAGCUGUACUGUCGAAUUUGUACGCAUUGAAUAGCCUGAAGGAAAUCGAUUUAUCAUACAAUACAAUAAGUGAAAUCCAAGUGAAUACGUUCGACCACCCUUACAGUAGUCUGAACAAAAUAAACCUCUCCCAUAAUUACUUGGUAAAAAUUCCGGAUGCUGUGUUCGAUAGGUUUGGUUAUUUGGAAACUUUGGAUUUGUCUCACAACUACAUUGAAGGCUUGAGUCCAUUUAGUUUCGAAGGCAUCAAGAGUUUGUUGCACCUAAAUAUGUCAAACAACCGCCUUUCAGACAUCAACUCUUCUCUAUUCAGAUUCAGUGAAUUGAAAGUUUUAAGUCUAAGUAACAAUAGAAUAAAAAAUCUAAAGCUAGUUGAUUUCGAAAAAUUAAACAAACUUGAAGUUCUUGAUUUAAGCUCUAACGCUAUACAAACGUUUGAAUUUAAUUUGUUUCAAAACAUGCUUCAGUUGUACAGUCUGGAUUUAAGAAACAAUGUUCUAGAUGUUUUAAACAAAGACACAUUCACUAAUUUACAAUAUUUAAGUAGUAUCGAUCUUUCGAGGAAUAAAUUUAAGUCUUUGCCUAAAGGAUUGUUUAAAAAUAAAACCGUAAAUACUUUCUCUAUUACGGACAAUUUGUUAGAGGGCUCUUUGUCUAGAGGCAUGUUCGAUGGUGUGAAUGUUACAAGAUUAGAUUUGAGUAACCAAUUUUUGUCAGCAAUAGAAGAUUACGCUUUUUGUGAUCUAGUCAGACUUGAUACACUGCUUCUCAAUAACAAUGGAAUCAGUUCUAUAUCCAGUAACAGUUUUAAAACUAUAAGAAGUUUGGAACAGCUAGACUUAUCAAAUAACCAGAUAGUGAGUAUCGAUUUCCAGAAAGAUGAUCUUUCUAACUUACGGUCGCUCUUACUUAGGAACAAUCGUUUAGCACAAAUAAAACACGAACAUUUUCUAGAUCUAAGUAAUUUAGAAUAUUUAGAUCUUUCUGAAAACGCUAUAACCCAGUUGGCUCCUAGUUCCUUUAAAUCGUUGAGGAAUUUGAUCAAUCUGAGAAUUUCUAGCAAUCCUUUAUCUGGUACACUUGAAACCGAUACGUUUGAUGGCUUAGUUUCAUUGCCUACCCUCGACAUUUCUUGUAAUCUGUUGGAAACCAUACAAAAUGCCUCUUUCAAUGAUAUGGCUGAAUUAAAAGAGCUUAAUAUGUCUAGAAGUGAAAUAAAGGAGCUGCAGUACAAUGUAUUUGUUCAUACUGGGUACAUAGAAACCUUGGACCUGUCUUACAAUAAAUUAGAGACUUUUUCUGUAAAUAUGUCUGAACUGGUUGGACUAAGUACGUUAUUCUUAAAUAACAAUUUAAUUAAAACUAUUUUACCUAGUUCUUUAUACGGUUUAUCUCGUUUAGGCCGAAUUAGUCUAGCUAACAAUCUAAUAGAAAACCUCAACAACGAUACAUUUGAUAAUCUUGUCGAUUUACGAAACGUUGAUUUGUCGAAUAAUGAAAAAUUAAAUUUCCAUGUUGGAUUAUUUGAAAGAACUAAAAACUUGGAAACUAUAAAUUUGUCGGGGGUCCAAACAGAUAUAGAUUUCGCGGAUAUUAGUGAUGCCCCGAUUCUGGAAGUUAUGAUGUCUGACUCGGGUUUGCAUAAUAUUAGUUUGUUGAAUCUUAGAGGACUGACACAUUUGAGCACUUUAAUUUUGAGCAACAACAGUGUAUCUGAGUUACUUGCAGCAGACUUUUCAGGUUUGGGUACACUUAGGCACUUAGAUUUAAUUCACAAUAAAAUAUCUUUCAUUCAACCGGGAACGUUCAAAGACAACUCUCUUUUGUUAACUCUUAACAUUUCUCAUAAUUCAUUAUCAGCUAUUGGCUACGGAAUUUUCCGUGGCCUUAUUUAUUUAGAUAUUCUAGAUUUAUCGUACAAUAAUAUACAGGAUUUGUUAAGCGAAAGAUUUUAUGAAGUUAAAAGUCUCUCGCAGUUAAUCGUGGAUCAUAAUAGAAUUGAUUCUGUGAAUGCCGAAGAGUUCGCAGGAACUAGUCUUGUAAAACUAAGUAUUGGUGAUAAUCCUUUGCCUUGCCACAUUCUUGUAAAACUUAAGAAAUACGGAACCCCAUUCAAAAUAACAGCUAUUAAAUUAGAUGAACAUAAUGGGGAAAAUAUAGACGGAGUUACAUGUAAUAAGGAUUAUGAUUCAGCACAGACGAAAGGGCCUGAAACUGUAGACAAUAGAAAUGAUAUUCUUAUUGACAUUAGAAAUAUCUUAUACAUGAUGAAUAACAACUCUAAAACAGUGAGAGAAUCAAAAGAUAAUAACUAUUUACAAAAUUUUACAAAAGAACUUGAAAAAAUAAACACAAGUAACAAUGAAAAAUUUUCAAAUUUAGUCAACUUCAGUAUGAACGUUGUAAAUAUAAACAAUGACACAAACAUGAUACUUCAAAAAAUCCUGAAUUCUUUGAACGAAAACACAGCUGUUACGACAACGACUGUUUUCACUCCAAUUCAUAACGAAAACAAAACCAUUGAUUUCAUUCCUUAUGUAAAUAAAGUAAAGGAAGAAUUGGAAAAGACAAUAGCUGACGAAAAGCAAGGCGUUAUUGAUGAGAUCGAAAAGAGGUUGUCUAUGUACCAUUAUCAAACAGAAUCUCUACCAACUAGCCCUAACAAUGAGAAAUUAGUUUCACACGAUGUAAAUGUUAAUACUAAAUCAUUCUUCACAGAGACUUGUGUAGCAUUAAUAUUAUUAAUCUUAGUCGGGUUAGUUUUAUACAAGUUUUAUAAAUCUAGGAUGUACAUUCGGAAUAGAUUGUCGUUUAGCACAAGGGAAUUGCCAGGCGCCAUGGAGAAUUCUGCAUUGUGACUAGCAAACGACUUUCUUACGUAAUAUCAAAAUGUGAAUCGAGGAAUUCCGUAAUCUGUGGUGAAAAUAAAACACCCUGUUCAGUUAGUACAUUCCUGAAAUGCUUUAAACUAUGAAAUGUAAUCGGAAUGGAAUCGUUUAUUUCGUAAAAAGGUGUGUUACGUAAGAUAGGUUUUCAUCUUAAUUUAGACACUUAGAUUCAUUUUUUUGUUUUGAGUUUGUAUGUCUAUGUUCUUCUAGAGAAUGGUGUCAUAAAAUAAGGCAAGAAUUUACCUAAAAUCAUAAAUUUAGGGAUAAAAUUAUCAUGUCAAGUUUGAUUUGUAAAUUUGGUUGUGCACGCAUUUGUCAAAAUCAUAUUUUAUACAUUAGGGUGAAAAUGAUCGACAUCUGCAAUGUCUAGCUAAGAAAUUAGACAAAAAUAAUGAAAUUUUGAUCUAUUUAUUGACGUGAAAAUAGGCCUCAGUAGUUAAGGAGUUGCAGGACAUAUUCAAAUUAAUUAAUGCAAAAGAAAAAAGUCACUCAUGAAAUUUAUCGGGUGUUUAUUAUUCGUUAUAUUAGCAACAAAAAUACAACAUUAGUAAAUUUUCAGCUAUUUAUCUAUCACGCUUUAUGAGAUAUAGCCUGUUGGUGACAUGUUUUUUGUUUGUUCUCACUAAGGUAUUUAAUCCUUGUGAAUCUAGAAGACAAGCAUUCGGGGAUCACACAAAUGCAUGUCCUAAGCUAGAAUCGAACCCGCGACACGUCGGGCACAGUGCGUUUGGCAUAAUGACCUCAACCACUCGGCUAUCCGUGCAGUUAACCGAGCGCUCCCGACAAAAAGGUGUGAGCAAACCAUUUUAAACAAUUAUGAUUGUCCUCACGUAGUUUAUUUGAAUAGCCUAAAAAUAUUGCAGGUGUCGGUGUUUGGGUCUAGAUUCUCGAAAGGCGGAUCGUAACUUAAUUGAAUACAUUCGGACAUUGUUGUUGUAUCAUAUCGUACACCUGUCGAGAAAUAAAAUAAUAUUAUUGUUGUAAGAUCACGUAUUAUUCUAUGUUACUAUAGACAACCUUAACAAAUAGUCUUAAGGCAAUGAUAGUUAGACAUAUUGAUAGCGAUACACUUCUAUACGUGAUGAAGUACUAAAUUAAUUUAACAACAUAACAUGCAAGUGACUUCAAAUAAACCAUCAAGCCAAACUUGAUGAAUUUUUAUGGGACCAAAUGAGAGCUAUUUCACUUAAAUGAAAACAGAAUCAACGAAAUCGGUUUAUCCAGUACAAAGUUUUAAGAUAACUUUUGAAAGAGCAGUUUCGAAGAAAAUGAUCGAUUUUGCUUUUUAUAUUUUUGAUUUUUAAUUUUUGGAUUGUUUUUUUUGUCAAAAGAUGUCGACAUCUAUGCUCAAGAAUAGUAUUUAAAAUACGAUUGUAGGGUCUUAUGUCUAUGUCUAUGUCUAUGUCUAGUAUCUAGUACGUACAUAACCAUUAUGACCGAAAUGCUUGUAUAUCCUUCUUCGGUACUUCAUUUUUUCUAAUAAAAAUUUCUUUCUUCUACUCUCGUUGCUACCUAGGUAAUAUUUUGGUUCUCUGAAUUUGGUUAACAGGUUACUGCAAACGCAAAUUGCUGACUGCUUGACCGUUUUAUGUUAAUUGGUAAAAAUGAUUGAACAAUUUGAUCUCUUUGUAAGCCAUGGUUUGUAGUGUAGCACGUCUUAAAGUAAUAUUUUUGGAGUAAAGAUAUACAUAUAUGUCUCUCUUCCAAAACUUCAAUAUUAUUACUUUGAACGUUGGUAAGGUAGAGUAGAGAGUUAGAUUUGGUAAAGUUGGCUUCUGUGUUUUGUAAGUCAUGCUUUGUAAUGCCAACGUUAACUUACUAUAUCGAAAGUUAUAAGUUACGUAAUUAUAAUGUAACUAAGUCAUUCCAAGAUUUGUAUUUUUGUAAAUAAAUAUUACCUGUA